GUUAAGCUUAGCUCACAGCAGGUUCAUCGCUUAGUUGCAAUAGUGAGUCACUGCUAUACACAUCAAGCCUCGUCGCGCUCUGUAGUGAUAAAAAACGGAAAGAUAGCCGAAAAUAAACGAUAAGCUGAGUCACCACCAACAGACGGGUCCUGUCCCUGUGAUGGUCAGUUUAUUAGCUCAUGGAAUUCGAACAUCGGGCAGUUUAUCUCGUUGUGUGAACCAGAGCGGGCACGUGUUUUCGGUGAAUUGGUUGUUUGAAAUGCUCGAUCGUGCCUAACUGUUAAUGCAAGAUAUUUUCCACUGUCGCUAUCGUGUUAGUCUAGCGAAAGCGCUUUGGAUAACUACAAAUAAAAUUGAUAAACAAUCUCGAAGGAAUUCGCGAGUUACGAUAAGAUAAGAAAAGUUCCAAUUAGCGUGAACCAAGAACGUGCCACAAAGCCUUUAGAAUCAGUUUGCGAUCUCGUUUGCGCUCGGGCAGUCUUGUUUGAUUUGUGGCUUCUCAACGUUACAUUUGCAAGUGAAUCGAUCCGUAAUGACGGUUCCAAGUUCUGGUGAAUGUGGUGGACCAUCGCCACCACCCCCACCACCUCCGAUAAGUUCAGCAACAUUAUCAGCAUCAUCGUCACCUCGCCACACCAAGAAAGGAACUGCGGAUGGCAACCUUCUGCUAGCAGACAUUCGCAAUGGGGUAUCGCUGAAGCCGACUAAAACUAAAGAUAAAAGUACUCCGGCAUUCAUCAAGAAAUCCGGUGGAGCCAACAAAUCUCUUUCUCCACCACCACCACAACUAAACGGAAGCAACGGAGACGUUUCGAUUGUGGAAAUGAAGGAUGCCUUACAGCAGGAACUGCGAAACACUCUCAAACGAAAGGUUAAGACACACGACGUCGAACAAGGCGACUGUACCAAGAAAGAAGAAAUCGAAAAAUCCAUGGAAAUCAACCGUACUGAAGUUCAGCUCAAAGUUAACACAAAUGCCCAGUUACCACCCACUGUAAUGGAAAAGGAUGUCGUGGAUACUCUUCAGCCGGUUCCUGGUCCUGUAGAAAAACUCCAAAAUGAACCAAAAGUUGUUAAUGGGGGUACUGCUAACGUUAAAUUGACGUUUGAAGGCUUCCAAAGUCCUGUUUUUCAGAGGGCACCAGCCAAACCUCAAAGAGCCAUACAAACUCAGAUUGUAGAUGAUUCUAAACCAAUCGUUCCAAUUACCGCAAAACAAACGGCUUCUGUUAAAUUAGAAACACAACAGAAUGGACCGGUGAAACCGGAGGCAGUAGAAAGUACUCCAAAUGUCAAGAAAAUCACUGAAGCAUUUCAAACCCCUGCUCUCCAGAGAUCUUCAGCAAAACCUGAAAGGGCCAUGCAAAGCAAACCUUUAGAAAACACUAAACCAGUUGUUCCAAGCACCGCUAGCAAUGUCAAGGAUUCAACGAAAGCGCACAGUCCAGUGAAAGUCGAAAUUAAACCAUUCGAAAGCUCAAGAGCGCCGUUGAAUGGAACAUUGAGGAAAGUCAGCCCUCAGAAAGCCCUGACAAUUGAUGUCAACGUUAGUCAGGAUGACCGACUUAAGAACACUAUCUUAUCUCCGGAGGUAAAAUGUGGAAACGCUGCGAUACGACCAUCGCAGAUAAAAUCACUGACUCAGCAAGGCAGUCACGUUUCGCAUACCGACAUUCUGGAGAAUCCCAAACCAAUCAGCAAAAAUCCCAUUUCGAUGGGGGAAUCUCCAACCUAUGUGUACUCGUCGCCCACUCCCAAGACUAUCAGUCCCGCUAGCAGUGGCCUGUCAUCCCCCCGAACUCCUACCCGCACCACUAUUCUAGAUACUAAAUUUAGCAACGGUAUCAGUAGAACACCUCCAGCUUCACCAAUAGUCGAUCGGAAUGUUCCGCAGAAAAAGCUCAUGAUGACCCAUCCAAAGGCCAGCUUUACUUUGAAGCGAAAUGCUUUCUGCAACAAUCCCAAAGAGAAUGGCCAGAAAGAGCCUAAACCAGUAUUCCGAAUCCUGUCAAACCUGGAACAGGCAGAAAGCAUGGAAGCAGCGCAAGAACAGAAGGUACCACUCAAGCAACAAGCCAAAAAACAGCCUCCCAAAGCGGACGACCCGGGAGAGGAACCGAUUCUGACUUCGUAUGUGAGUUUCUCCAAGGAACUGGCCAAUGCGCCCAACAAUUAUCCGGAAGUAGUAACGAAACACACGACUAUCGGGGUUGUGAAACAGGAUCUAUUCUUUGACAAUACGAACCUACGAGACAUUAAGAUCGACAUCAUCGAAGGUGGAGGGCAAUUUAAGGUCGUUAACAAGUAGAUACGAAGCAUGCUCGAUAUUUGCGAAUAUACGAUUAAGACUGAGAAGAUGCGGUCGACGCGUUGGGACACGCGAUCAGUGUUUCAAAUUAUAAAUUUGCGUGGGAAAGCGAUUCGACGUUAUAUUGGAGGAAGUGUAUAAUAGUGCGAUAAGUUUUUUAGACUUUUCACGUUUCAACGCCAAUAAUAGCAUGUCAGUUCCAUAUGUAGCAUUUAAAAUGUGAUAGUCAAAGUUAGAAAGCGCAUUUCUCAAGUAAAUGUCCAGAAACUUAGUAAGCUUUUAAUGGAAUAGAUAAUAGUAGUGAAUAUUAACGAUUGGUAAUGAAUAAAAUAAAAUUAAAAUUACAAAAACCGUUACGGGACUGAUGUGUGAUUGGGCAGUGAAACUUUAAUUUGUAUUUGAAUCAAGCCAUCUAAUGUAAGAAAUAAAAUUUAUUUGUACCGAUCAG